AUGUCGUACUCCGUAGCGGGCAAGUACGCCGUCAUCACCGGUGCCGGCUCAGGCAUCAACUUCUGCUUCGCCAAGCUCCUCCUCGAGCGCGGCGCCGCGGGCGUCCUCAUCGGCGACCUCGCCCUGCGCCCGCACGCGCAAGAGUUCGUCGCCGCGCACGCGGACAAGGUCUCCUUCCGCCGCACCGACGUGCGCUCCUGGCCCGACAUCUCGGCGCUUAUGGCCCAGGGCGCCGCGCAGUUCCCGCAGGUCGACAUCGUCUGCGCGGGCGCGGGCAUCUUCGAGCCCCCCUGGUCCUCCUUCUGGUCCCCGCCCCGGACGGCGACGAACCCGGACUCGCCCUCGGUCGACGCCGCCGGCGCCAACCCGGGCACCUACGCCGUCAUCGACGUCAACCUCACCCACCCGAUCCGCCUGACCCAGCUCGCCAUGUCGCACUGGCUCGGCCGCGGGAUCCCGGGCUGCAUGGUCUACGCCGGGUCCACGGCGGGAUACGUGACGAGCUUCGCGAGCCCCAUGUACAUCGCCGCCAAGUCGGGCCUGCACGGCUUCGUCCGCAGCAUCGGCGGCAUCAAGGAGGAGCUCAACAUCCGGGUCGGCGCCAUCGCCCCCGGCGGUGUCAGGACCCCCAUGAUGGUGGAGGAGAAGAAGCACAUCUUCUCCGCCGCCGACAUCGAAAACAUGGUCACCCCGGAGGAGUGCGCCGAGGCCAUGCUCGCGCUCUGCGAGAAGGACGAGUACGGCGACGGCACCAUCCUCGAGGUGGUCGAGCCGGGCCAGACGCGCGUGGUGCCGCUGUACGGCAACGUGCCUCCCACCGGCAGGAGCAUGGUGCUCGGCGGCUACCGCGAGUUCCAGGAGAAUCUGUACAAGUCACUCAGGGAGAACGGGCUCAAGGUGUGA